GUUUUGACCGCCUUUGGUUUUCACGAAAACGGCAUUUUUCCUCCCCAGGAUGGAAAGUCAGAACGUCUUCCUAAGCCUACUGCUCUGCUGCAGUUUGCUCAGAGCUGCUGAUUCUUAUAUGGUAAUUGAGGAGAAGACAGAAUGCAACCUCUCCAGGAGCAACAAAAUGAAUCUCCAAGAUCUCCCGCCCAUCACCAUAGUAGAUUUAACUAAAAGAUCCCAGCAGGUCAGCAGAAGAGAGGCAGAGAACAAGAAGUCUUCCAAGAAAAAUGCUGAACGAAAGACACCUCCGAAACCAAGGCCCGUUCCGGCUGCUGACUGCGUGCCAAACUUCAAAACCUGCAAACCACACUUGAAUUCGUGUUGUAACCACUGUGCUUUAUGCAAAUGCCGAUUUUUUCAGACCAUCUGCAAAUGUCUAAUGUUAAACCCAAAGUGCUAAGCCAAACUGGGAAC